CAGGAAUACCAAGAAGGAGGAGACGAAUGAUUGUCAGAAAAGAUGGAAGGAACUGCUAGAUUGGGAUGGUCAUUCGAUCAAAAUGCCCGAAGGAGCAAAGGUUUGUGGAUGGAAUCAGUUGACAUGACACCAUCUUCAUCAACACACAUUCAACAACCACUUGCUUUGUCUGAUUCAUUUACUCUUCGAAGACUUCAAACAUGGGAUCGUAUGGCUGUUGAAGCACUAUGCAAUGAAUCAUUUCCUAUUCAAUAUCCAGAUUGUUGGUACGAUGAAGUUGUGUCUGGAGGAUUAUUGUCGACUGGAUUAUUUGAUGGAGAACAGUUAGCAGCCAUGGUUGUUUCAGAAACCAAGUUCCUCUAUGAUUGUAAUCUUGAGGAUCAAGGAAUCCUGCCAUCUUCAAACGCCCACGUCGCCUACAUUCUAUCAAUAGCUGUUGAUAAAAAAUUCCGAAGAUUAGGUCUCGCCACGAGACUUUUAAAUAAUCUAAUGUCGUCUCUAUCUGAUCAUCCACCAUAUCCACGUGCCGUCUUUCUUCAUGUUCUAUCUACGAAUUCAGCCGCUUUAUCUUUCUAUAAAAUGCACGGAUUCGAAUUCCACGCUUCGUUACCUUAUUUCAGGGAAUACUAUCGUAUUGGAGAGCAAUUGGCCGAUGGUUGUACAUAUGUCAAAUACAUUAAUGGAACCUACACUAAUGUCACCUUUACGGAUGUCUGUCGAACGUUUGGAAAUACGAUUUGCAUGCCUCUCAAGGCAAUUUGCAAAAUGCUCUCUUUUUAGUAUAUAAAUAUUGUGCGUUCAACAAAUUUGUCAGAUUUUGAAACUAGAAAAACAUGAUAUGAUACUUGUGAAAAAUUAUUCGACAAUUUUCGUCCAAUUUCACUGAAACAUGAUUUUGUGGGCGUGGCUGGUUACUGUAGCUGACUAAUUUCUUGAGCACACUGUACCUUGCGGCUUUCAUUGUAUCUUUUCUCAAACUUUAGUGCAUUUCUUACGUUUCACCCCCAUCUCUUCAUUCAUUCUCAUCAGGUUCAAAACAUUUUCAGUUCUUUUUUCAUACUCUCGUGCUCCAUUUCAAAGUGCUCCAAUUCCUCAGAUUCAUUUCAUUUAGAUGUAUAUUCUUUAUUAAUCGCUCCUUUAUUUUCCCCUGUAAUAUUGUACAUUUGAUUGUGUAUUUAACUCGGUUCAUCGAAAUUUUUUAUAUUAAAACAACUGCAAGAAAAGAAAAAAUAAAACAAUAAAUAAGAAUAAACUAUCAGGAUUUGGAAGAUA